GCCAUCGCCCUCCCCGCCCAGCUGUCUGCUCGACACUUGUCCACAGCUCUCCGGAGGAUUCGCUCUCCCCGUCCGGCGCGCUGAGAGCCCCCUACCUACCCCCCGAAUAAUCUCUAAUCUCAGCAUCCACCGCCCCCCGUCCUGCUGAUCUAUAACGUCGCUGCUCCAUCCGCAGGCCACCAUGUCCAACGAUGUAUCUCCAGAGGCGAUGCAGACGCGCAUCCAGCAGGCCCGUCGCGAAGCUGAGAACCUCAAGGAUAGGAUAAAGCGCAAGAAGGAUGAUCUGGCAGAUGGCACGCUUGCGAACAUUGCCAAGAGCCAGCAGGAGCCUCUCCCUAAGAACCAGAUGAUGAAGACAAGGAAGACAUUGAAGGGCCAUCUUGCCAAGAUCUAUGCCAUGCACUGGUCGACCGAUCGACGACAUCUGGUAUCAGCAUCCCAAGACGGCAAGCUCAUUAUCUGGGAUGCCUACACCACCAACAAAGUCCAUGCCAUUCCUCUCCGAUCUUCGUGGGUCAUGACCUGCGCCUACGCUCCCAGCGGUAACUAUGUCGCCUGUGGUGGUCUUGACAAUAUCUGCUCAAUCUACAACCUGAACUCAAACCGUGACGGUCCGACCCGUGUUGCUAGGGAGCUUUCUGGACACUCCGGAUACCUCUCCUGCUGCCGAUUUAUCAAUGACCGGAGUAUCCUCACCUCCUCUGGCGACAUGACCUGUAUGAAAUGGGAUAUUGAGACGGGAUCAAAGGUCACAGAGUUCGCAGACCACCUAGGAGAUGUUAUGAGCAUUAGCAUCAACCCCACUAACCAGAACACCUUUGUCUCUGGUGCUUGUGAUGCCUUCGCGAAACUAUGGGAUAUCCGAGCUGGCAAGGCUGUUCAGACAUUUGCGGGUCAUGAAUCAGACAUCAACGCCAUCCAAUUCUUCCCUGAUGGCCACUCCUUCGUCACUGGUUCAGACGAUGCUACCUGCAGACUCUUUGACAUCCGUGCUGAUCGCGAGUUAAACCAAUAUGGAAACGACUCUAUUCUCUGCGGCAUUACCUCUGUCGCUACUUCAGUCUCUGGCCGACUCCUCUUUGCGGGCUAUGACGAUUUUGAGUGCAAGGUCUGGGAUAUCACCCGUGGAGAGAAGGUUGGAUCACUAGUCGGCCACGACAACCGCGUUAGCUGCUUGGGUGUCUCUAAUGACGGCAUGAGUUUGUGCACUGGAUCAUGGGAUUCAUUGCUCAAAAUCUGGGCUAUGUAAGAUUCCUAACACCACGACAACCGCGGACAGGAAUCCCCCUCUUUUUGAAGUUGUGCAGAGCAGCUUUUCACGUCACAUGGGACCCGCGGCCCGCUCUCUCCUCUAAUCACCUACCGAUCACGCCUUAAUAAUCUCUCCGACGGGGCGUCGACUGGACGAAGUCACGAAAGCAUCUCCACGUUUAGCGAAGCAGUUGUUCGUCACUAGACAGUUCGGUUGAUCUUAUUCGGGCGAGAGGGUCAUGACUGCUACAUGCGCAUC